UAGCUCCGCUCCGCUCCCGCCCCCUCAGCGCCUCACCCUCCCGUCGCCGCCUCCCAGCCCAGCUCUCCCUCGGCUCCCUUACCCCGCCCGUCCCCGCCGCGUCUCCCCUGUCCAGCUGGGCGGGGAUUGCUGUACGACUCUGUAAAGUCUGUGAGUCACUGCACAACCCAUCAAUCCAAUUAAAUGUCUUGAGCGAGCCGAGCAGGCGGUGCUGCCGCCCGCCGCCGCUCGCCCAGCCGCGGCCGCCCCUGCUCCUGCUUGCAGCGCCCCUCUGAUCCAUGGCUGUCUGUCUGUACUUGUUACGGUGUAACAUCCUCCUCCUCCUCCUUCUCCUCCUCCUCCUCCUCGGGAGCCGCUGCAACUUCCCCUCAGCCAGCCUCCUCCUCUGCUUGGGGACUGCAAAGGCAUGGGAUAGACCCAGAGCCACUUCCCUCUGUCUCCCCUCCAGCCCUCGCUCAAUUUUCCCCCCUUUAAAUUAAAGUCUGUUCCUCGCUCCUCGUCGUUUUAGAGAUUUAUUGGUCGGUCUGUUAUUUCCCCGAUUUUGUUUUCCCUCUCUGGGGCAGGGAUCGCAGGGGCCGGUGGGUUUAUUUUAGGGAAGGGGCGCUCCAUCACCCCAUCCCUCCGUUUCUCCUCCUCCCUUUUCGGCCGUGACUUGAUUUCCCCGCUCCUCUGCGCUCCCAACCCUCGAACUCACCGUCCUGUACUCGAGUGACGCACAGACACCCCCCGCCCACAGCCCAGACGUCCCCUUCCUCGCUGCCACCCCGACCCGUCUCGGAGCUGGACCGGGUGCCGACUUCUUCGCAGAAGGAUUUAUGUUGGGUAAAGGAGGAAAACGGAAGUUUGAUGAGCAUGAAGAUGGGCUGGAAGGCAAAAUCGUGUCUCCCUGUGACGGUCCAUCCAAGGUGUCUUACACCUUACAGCGUCAGACUAUCUUCAACAUUUCCCUUAUGAAACUCUAUAACCACAGGCCCCUGACAGAGCCCAGCUUGCAAAAGACCGUUUUAAUUAACAACAUGUUGAGGCGGAUCCAGGAGGAACUCAAACAGGAAGGCAGCCUGAGGCCCAUGUUCACCGCCUCCUCCCAGCCCACCACCGAGCCCAGUGACAGCUACCGAGAGGCCCCGCCGGCCUUCAGCCACCUGGCGCCCCCAUCCUCCCACCCCUGCGACCUCGGAAGCACUACGCCCUUGGAGGCCUGCCUCACCCCAGCCUCGCUGCUCGAGGACGACGAUGACACGUUUUGCACCUCCCAGGCCAUGCAGCCCACGGCUCCCACCAAACUGUCACCUCCAACCCUCUCGCCAGAAAAGGACAGUUUCUCCUCUGCCUUGGACGAGAUCGAGGAGCUCUGUCCCACAUCUACCUCCACAGAGGCGGCCACGGCUGCGAUGGACAGCGUGAAAGGGACCUCCAGCGAGGCUGGCGCCCAGAAACCCGACGGUCCUCAAGAGAGCCGCGCAGAUGACUCAAAACUGAUGGACUCUCUGCCUGGGAAUUUUGAAAUAACGACGUCCACGGGUUUCCUCACAGACUUGACCCUGGAUGACAUCCUGUUUGCUGACAUUGAUACGUCCAUGUAUGAUUUUGACCCCUGCACUUCCUCAUCAGGGACAGCCUCAAAAAUGGCCCCUGUGUCUGCCGACGACCUCCUCAAAACUCUGGCUCCUUACAGCAGUCAGCCUGUCGCCCCAAGUCAGCCUUUCAAAAUGGACCUCACAGAGCUGGACCACAUCAUGGAGGUGCUUGUCGGGUCCUAAGACCCAGGGACCCAGCGACUGUGCCCACCCAGACCCCAGAGCGUUCCCAUAACCCUGACAAUUCUCCACACUGUGCAUGCACCCUUGCUUGCCUUUUUCAGAGAAAGAAAAUUUUACAACAGGAUCACACUAGUUUUUGCUUUGAGCAGAGUUGGAGUGCCUUCAUCCAAGUAUGACCACUUGUAAUACACUUUUUUGAGUGGUUCCUCAGAGACCUACUACCCUGGUUUAGGAAAGAAUCCAUUCGAAGACAAUGUUGCAAUGUUGAAUGACAAAAAUAAACAGUUCAAGUGAAGCACAAGGAUUAAGUUGGGAAAGCUGUAAAUUGCAUGUGCAUAUUUGUCUAUUUUUUCUAUAAGUUUUAUUGCAAGAGGUAAAGAAAACUAUAUAUAUAUAUAUAUACACACACACACACACAUAUAUAUAUAUAUAUAUAUCUUAUUUAGAUAAUCUCAGUACCUUUUCUGACAUUUUCGCCCUGUAUAGGUUGACUUGGCAAUUCGGCCUUUUUAGAGGCAUUAACUACUCGUAAGUGUUGCAUUUACAUGGCUGUUUAGAAAACUGCUGCCCAAAUUUAUUUUAUAUUUUUGUACAGAUUCUGCAGUUUAUGAUAUUGUUUUUCUAAAAACAAAUGCUGUUUAUACAUAUGAGAUAGCUAUUUUGAUAGGAUUUGCUCACAUAGUUCCUGCAAACUUCAGAUGUACAAGUUGCACUUGUACUUUUAUAGAGUUGUAAUGUUUUAUAUGUGUAUGGUGCAAGAGAAAAUUGGAUCAAAUCAAUCUGCAGUUGAUGUCCCCAAAUGCAAACACAGGCACACACGCACACACAUAUAAAUGCACACACACAGCGCUUUAAGAAAGGGCCAGGUGAUAUCACACCCAAAUUUCACAAACACUGACCCCCUGGCACCAACACCUGCCAGUACUGUGACUUCCAAAGCCAGAGCCACAUGUGCUCAGCAAACUUGCAUUAAGCAGUUGGCGGGAGAUAGCUGUGGAGCUGGGGGUUUAAGUGAUGGUUCUCUUUUGCUCCCUCUUUUGAGGGUAGAGCUACCAUCUUAAGAGUGUAUUUAUGCCAAGUUUGUGCUUUUAAUUGUUUUUAUUUUGUUUUUUAAUGAAAACCCAGAUCUUUCCUUUUUGGCAUAAUUUUUAUGAUGGCCUGAAAUUUUACAUUCAAACAAAAUUUUAUGAAAAGCAACCAACUUCUUCAUGGAACUCAGCCCUGUUGCAAUGCUUAGGGCCCUUAAAGAAGAAAAUCUCCCCAGAAGGCAUCCAUCAGUUGCUAAAUUGUCUUCUGCAGCUUCCUUUCCUUAGAGUUUUCCUUCUGUUGCUAAGAGCUGAAAGUGGCAUCUUCAUGAUCACCACAGUGAGCUUGGCUCACCUCGGCCGGCCCGGGAUGCACUCUUACAACAUGUGUGACUCUUGAACCUGGAUUUCAUCACAUUACGUCACAGCUUCCCAUCUGGUUGCUUUCCUAAAUCAGCUACUUUACACUUGUCAAGGCUGUUUUACCCCAAAACUCAGACAGGACUUUCUAUGCAUGUUUUCCCUCCCGCCCCCAAUCUCCACCCCACCCCCAACCCCCACCCACCUUAUCUCCCAGGACACACUUGAGAAGCAGCUUUUUAUUCCUAGUGGUGUACAUGUAAUUUUAAACAGUUUGCAAUGUAUCAUGCUUGUUGCCGAAACUGUUUAUGGCCUUCUUGUUUCCGUUUUUUCUUUUCUUCCAAUGGUACUUUAGCUGUUGAGUGCAGGUUACAACCUAUAUUGUUAUGCAGAUGGCUUCUUUAGGAAUAACUUUUAUAUUUAUUUAAAAAUGUUUAAAUUAUGGGAUUUUGUUUUGUUGUUGUUGUUGUCGUCUUUGUUGUUGGUCAUUUGUCACUAUUCAGUCACCUAUUCUGCUCACUUCUUGCCAUGGAUCAAAUUGGGUCUUUCUGGCUAAUUAAAAAAGACAACUUUAUAAAAUGGCACUUUAAGCAAGCCAUAGAUAGUUUUAUUUUUGUAAUGCACAUGGCAAAGCAAAGAUGUUUGUGAUGAAGGAACUGCUCAUCUAAGCAAAAGAUUUGAGUGUGAUAUGAUAAAGUCUUUCUACAUUCUAAUUUCUUCUCCCACUUGAAUGUGUUUUAAAGGCUAGUUAUCAACUCAGUAGAGCAGUGAGAAACUGAUCAAAUUGCACUUGUUCUCCUACAAGCAACCUCCACGCAGACACCUCCUACUGCUACAGGUGUGUCAUUUCCUUUAAUAGGACCAGGGACCAUGCAACUGAGGUGAGGGUUGUAGUCGAUGCUUCCAGUGUCAGUGUGCCUGUUAAUUUUAAGAGCUUUCCUUUCUUGCAGAGUACAAGUCUGCCCAGAUUCCAUGCUUUCUAUAACUGGAGGACCCGGCAAACCUGCCACAUGCUGCACACAUCUACCUACAUACACAUAUACAAUAGUAUUGAUGAUUCUGAACAAUAACAGGGUACAACAGUUGGUUUGCUAUUGUUAGAAAGUGAUUUACAGUAACUUACAACAACUGUACUUUUGUUGGAUUAGCAAAUCAUGUGUUUAAACAAAUCCUGUAUGUUGGGCAACAGUUCAAAUAAGCACGGAGAAGUGUUGCCCAAACUUGGUUCUCUGACUCUCAUGUAUUUGUAAGGCUGGGCUUCAAAAUCAAAACAAAAACCCCAAUAACAGCAGGCAAAUGCUUUUUAACUCUGACAAGAAAGACAUGGAAAAUUAGCAGCCCAUUUUCAGAAAGAUCAAAAUGAUCUAGGGUUCUAAUUGCCUUUGCAUCCUAUUCUUACAAAGUGAUGUCCCAACAGGGAACAGUAGGAGCUGGAGUGGGAUCUCCAAGUCUCAGUUUGAGUGUGGGAUGUGCUUCCAGCAGUGCCUUCCCUUUUAUGAAAGAUAUCACACAGCAUCCAGGGCCAGGCAGCUUGAGGUGCCUUCACAAGAAAGCUGAGCUGGGGCUGGGAGAGGACAGUUAUUGACAGUGAUGUGCAAUGAAGUGACAAGAUGAGAGCAGAAUCGCAAGAGCUUUGAAUUUGAAGUGAGUUUUUUUUCCCCCAUAAGUUAUUUAUUCCUUUUUUCUGUGUAAAUAUAUUUAUUUUACUGUGGAGCGCUAACAUCUGGAUCGUAACAUGUGCAGAAUGUAUGGUAGGAAUGUAUUCUCUUGUAGGAAUGUAAAUCUGUAUUAAAAGGGGGUCCAAGCCAGGCCCCCGGGUCUUCUCAUUGUAUGCACAGUCCGCAUUCAUUUUUACUCUUCUCUAAUAUGGGUCUAUUUGAAAUAUGCAAAAGGUAUGGAUGAGGAAUGUUUUAAUACCUCCAAAUUUUUAAGAAAAGCAUCAAAGGGUUGAUAUUUUUUAAAGUUUUUUUAGUAGCACUUUCUCUGGAUGACAGAAGGGGCAACCACAUGGGCACCCUCAUUCAUACCAAAGGGUGAGCAGUGGCCAGAGCCUCCUCUGCACCUCUCGAGUGUCUUUACCAAUUGAGCUUUUUAUCGCCAUAGCCCCUUGGAGUGCCCCAACUGCCCUGAGGUCAAUCAAGGAAAAUUUCUUAAUGAAAUAAGCUCCAAAGAGCCAAAGUAUCAACUUACAGAUCGUUUUUAAAGCUUAAAUUAACCACCUUUGCGGUAAACAAUGAAUUAUGAAUACCGCAGGGCAGCCUUCUUAAAUGACAGAUGUAAAAAAAGUAAUAAGAGACUCUACUUUGUGCAGCGAUUGCUAGUCUACUCUAUAGGAAUUGUCUUAAUUUGAAAACCUUGCUGUUACAAAUUGGACCUUUAUACGUUUUCUAAAAACAAUGAAAAGAGCAUAUUUAACCUUUUCUGGCUGUAAAUGGUUACCUUCCUGUAACUGCCCCGCACCUGGAGGCAAGGAGUUGUGUGCGUCCUGCUUAUGUACAAUUGUUUUCAGUGUUUCUAAGAAUGAGUCUGAAUGGUUCUUGAAAAUUAGCCAUGAUCAAAUGCUAUUGCAGACGAAGCCAAUAAAAAGUUGGACUUCUUUUGGGGAUAACAAGUUUGGAAGAGAAAUGCAGGCCAUAUGUGCGCAUGACCGAGAUUUUGAAAAAAGAUGUACAUAGUGACAUGUUUGGUGCAUGGUUUUUGAGGAGGGCUUUUGUCAAAAAGGAGGUACAACCUUUCCCCCACAGACCUGAGAGCUGUGCCUUUUCUAUGCAAUAUUACAGACAUUACAUCGGAACCCAGAUGGCUGUAUUCACAUGUAGGUUUGGGCUGUAAUCUAAACAAUUGGACAGAUUAAAUGUACAUGGAAAUGAGCAGUCUUACUUUUGUAGUUUUAUAUUAUACAAUAAACAGUUAAAAGAUGA